ACAUUAUUUUACCCAAAAUAGUCACCCCGGUCCAUUAUGACUUUUACCCGGUCCAUUAUGACUCAUAUCCGGUCCAUUAUUGAUUUGUUGCCAGUCCUUUAUGAGCACGUGCAAUAAUGUUGAAAAACCAAAAAAAAAAUGGCUGACAUCAGUGUCCGCUUCGAUUUCAAUUUUAUGUUUUGAAAAGAUCUGUGCAACUUUUCUGUGGAAUUACCUACAAGUCCAGGACUGCGUAACUUCUUUUAGCAACAUUUUGCGUGCUAUAUUUACAACCGGAACUCUAUAGACGCAGACGACAGUACAGUAUGGCAGGCCUUGUUCCUGCAAAAAUAUCGGACAGAUACGCCAAGAAUGGCGAAGACAUGCUUGAUGUUUUGUCUCAUGACAUAAUGAGGUACGAAAUGCUUGCAGAGAAGGAGACGUUCGACGCUCUUACCUCCGUCCUGCAAGGGGAACAAUCCCAUGACAAUGUCGAGCUACAUGAAAUCGAAGUAAACCGCUUGAACAAUGACAACAACAACAAUGACGAAGGUGAUCCGACGGAAACACACGAGCAGCGUGACACAGGAAGCAGUAGAUUUAGAUCAGUUUCCAAUGAGGACACAGACGAAUUUCUCAGGAAAAAUGUAAAUAAAAACACGGACUACAAAACAAGAUCAGAUGUUAAAACUUUCUACACCUGGGCACAGCAAGUAGGAGAGUUUAGAGAGCUGCAGAUGAUUCCGUUUAAGGAACUAGAUGCUAUUUUAGCCCGGUUUUACUUAGGUGUAAGGAACAAAGAGGGACAGGAGUAUGAACCAGACACGCUUACAGGAUUCCAGAAUAGUAUUGAGAGACACAUGAAAAACAAUAAAGUUGUAGUGGAUUUGAAAAGAAAUGACGAUUUCAGCCAUUCAAGAAAGGUGCUCGAGGCCAAAAGAAAGCAAUUGAAACAAGAGGGAAAAGGGAAUAAAAGAAAUAGAGCUGAACCUAUAGACACACAGGAAAUCCAAAAUCUUUAUGACAAACAGCUGCUUGGUUCAGCUAAUCCCACGUCACUACUAAACACAGUCUGGCUCAACAAUGGUGUUUUCUUCGGAUUCAGAGGUCGUCAGGAGCAUGCAUCCCUCCUUCUUGGAGACCUUACUAUGAAGCAAGACUCCAAUGGGAAAGAAUAUGUGGAAUUUAAUGAGAGAACAACUAAGACGAGAACUGGCGCCAAGUCUUCUGACUAUAGAACAGUAGCACCUAAAAUGUUCGAACAAAAAGAAAACCCAAACUGUCCGAUAAAAAUGUUAAAAUUGUACAUCAGCAAAAGACCAGCAGAUCUUCAAAAUGACCCAUCAUCCAAGUUUUAUUUAAGACCUUUGGACAAACCUAAGGAAGAUGUAUGGUAUUCACAUCAAUGUAUUGGGAAGAACAAAUUGGGGACUAUGAUGAAAACUAUGGCCGAGGCCGCACAGUUAUAUGGCCGUAAAGUCAAUCAUUCAACCCGUAAAACUUUUGCAACCAGUUUGUUACAUUCAGAGCGCCCACCUACUGAAGUUGCCCAGCUAGGCGGAUGGAAAGGAAUCUCGACACUCACACACUAUAAUUUUCCGUCUAUGAAACAACAAGACCAGGCAUCAAAUAUCAUAUCAAAUGUUGUCAUUCCUCCAUGUUCCAGCAAUCAGAAUGAAACGGCACCUGAGAAUUCAGAUAAGGAUACCAGUGACUGUCCUGAAUAUGAUAUUCACAUUGUUUCCUCUCAAGAAAAAACUCUUGAUAUUCAUUAUGACAAGGAAAAUGAUUCAGAGCUAUCUAUGUUUGAAAAACCAUCUCAGGCUUCUAGCAUUGUUAACAAUAGUAAAAGUAACAUGAUUGCCAAUAGAAAAGACUGCAGUAAUCCAUUCAGUAUUCUAACUGGCGCUGUUAUUAAUGGUGGAGUCAUAAAUCUAAACAUAUUUUCUGGGAAGAGGAAACGGGAUGACUUUUCCAGCUCUCAAGAGUCUUAAUAAUUAUCAGACAAGUUCCUAAUUCAAUCUGUAUUUGUUGUCCUUGUUGAAAAAUUUUGUUAUCAGUAAAUAAUUAAGAAAAAAUACAAUUCCAUUUUUAUUGCCUCAGAACUGGUUAAUAAAAGUAUUAAGAAAUGGGUAAUUUAAUAAUGGACUGGUUAUAUAUCCUCGGUCCGUAAUAACGGCCCGCGGAUUACUGUAAUGGCCCUCGGCGUUGCCUCGGGCCAUUACAGCAAUCCUUGGGCCGUUAUUACAGACCUUGGAUAUAUAACCAGUCCAUUAUAAAAUUACCCAUUUAUUAAU